AUGCUCAGAAAGACCACAGUAUUUACUCAAGAACAAAUUAACAUCCUCAGACAAAAAUUUGCAGCGGGGAUGAUAAACCACUACGAAAUAAGUCUGAUCGAGGAAGUGGCCUCAGAAACAGGCCUUACUGUUGAAAUCAUUAAAAACUGGAUUACCAAUGAAAAGGCUAAACAUAAGCCUACAGCGCCAAGAAGACCAACAACACCUCGGACACGCAUUCAGACAACGAAACGUGCGCUGUCGGGAUACAACGUUUUUAUGAAAGAGUUUUUUCAAAAAACUAAAAUCGAUGAUUAUUUGAAGGAACACACAGACAUCAUCAUCGAAGGCCUUGAAUCAUUAUAG